CGGAGUCAAGUCUGUCUGUCCCGGUCUAUGUGUUCAGCUAGGAACCCAAGAUGGAGGACAGGGGAACGCAAAACAUGGAUCUUUACUGACUUUUUUUCGUCGCUUUUUAGUAUUCCACUGGAGUUUUUUUUUAACCGUACUUAUGGCGGAACUUUUAGAAGAUGAACAUGCCUAGGAAGGGGAAUGGCCAGCUGCCGUUACCCGACGGCUGGGAAGAAGCGAGGGACUUUGACGGCAAAGUGUUUUAUAUCGACCACAACACUAAACAAACAAGCUGGAUAGACCCGAGGGACAGGUUGACGAAGCCCCUGUCGUUUGCGGACUGUGUGGGAGACGAGUUACCGUGGGGAUGGGAGGCCUCAUACGACCCUCAGAUUGGCAUCUACUACAUCGACCACAUCAACAAGAGUACCCAGCUAGAGGACCCCCGGGCGGAGUGGAGGAAGGAGCAGGAGAGGAUGUUGAAGGAGUACCUGACAGUAGCCCAGGAUGCCCUGGUCACCCAGAAAGAGCUGUACCAGGUCAAAGAGCAGCGGUUGGCCUUGGCCCUGGAUCAGUACACACGCCUCAACGACGCAUACAAGGACAAGUCCAGCUCACGCACCAGCCUGUUCUCGGGGUCUUCGUCCAGCACUAAGUAUGACCCUGAUAUCCUCAAGGCUGAGAUCUCCACCACCAAAGUCAGGGUGAAUAAGCUGAAGAGAGAGCUCUCCCAGAUGAAACAGGAGCUCAUCUACAAAGAACAAGGCUUUGAAACCUUGCAGCAGAUCGACCAAAAACUGUGUGGCGAGCAGAGUGGAUACCGUCUGAAGGAGGCCAAAGCCAUCGUGACGGAGCUCAAGUCUCUCCGCAGGGCCAUCAGCUCUGGAGAGAAGGAGAAACAGGACCUCAUGCAGUCUCUGGCUAAGCUAAAGGGGAGGUUCCACACGGAACACAACAUAGGCCAUUCGGAACCAGACCUCCGGAACCCAGUGGGCUCCAGACAGACGCUUGAAGCCGGCUCCCAGACAGACGUCUCUGGAGAGGCUGGUAUGAGGAGCAGGUCAUCCUUGGCUGAGAAGGUUAGACUUAGUCUCCAAUAUGAAGAGGCCAAAAGAAGUAUGGCCAACGUGCAGGUGGAGCUGGCCAAGCUGGAGAGCGAGGCGUGGCCGGGGGCGGUGGACGUGGAGCGGGAACGUCUCCUCCUGGUCUCGGAGAAGGAGGAGCUCCUCAAGGAGCUGCAGUUCGUAUCGCCACGGCGACGCACCCCGCAGGACCUCCAACGUCUGGAGGCCCAGAGGCUGCAGCUGGAGCAGGACCUGCAGGCCGUCAGGAACACCCCCAGCCACGCCCUGGCCCAGAGGUUGAAGGUGCAGGAGAGGAGACGAGUCCUGGUGCAGAGGCUGGAGGAAUCAACCAGACUGACCACACUGCUCCACUCUCAGCUCAAGAGUUUGUCGGCCAGUACCCUGUCCGUCUCAUCAGGCAGCAGCCUGGGUUCUCUGGCCUCCAGCCGUGGCUCCCUCAACGCAUCCUCCUCCCGCGGCUCCCUCAACUCCCUCUCCUCCGGAGACCUCUACUACACCCCCGCAGAACCCCCCUCUCCCCUGGAUCUGGACUACCAGUGUAAACUGGACCUGCUCCUCCAGGAGCCCUUGACCCCCUCUGGGAUAACCUACAGGCGGGGACCCCCAGGAACUAUCACCACCAUCCACGAACACGAGGUGGAGAACCCACACCCACACAACACGUCGCUUCACACACACGCCGUCGGAACCGGUACCACCGACCUGGUCCCAUUAGCGCCGCUGGUUGCGGUGUCCUCGAAGCCGGCAGAGCAGUCCAAGUCGGUGACGUCGCUUUCCUCGAGGUCGUCGUUGUCUUCUCUCUCGCCGCCGGGUUCACCGCUGGUGCUGGAGGGGGUCGGUGCGUUCCCGUCGGCGGGCCCACAGGACUUUGGGGACGGCGACGUCGGUCUGGUGGUGUCGGACUUUGGCAGUCUCAGCCUGGGAUUCUACGACGGCCAGGGGAUGGGGAUGUUUGAGCCGGAGACAGGGGAGAGGGACAGAGGAGGGGAGGUGGGGAGGGAAGGGAGAGGGGCACUGGCCACCCUCAGAGAGAGUAUCACAGACGUGGACCUCCAGAGGCCGGGGGAGGACAGGCCCACCUGUGUGUCAGCAGCCGUGUCAGACGAGUCCGUGGCCGGGGACAGUGGGGUGUACGAGGCCUCUAAUGUCAAACGGUCAAUGGAGUCUGAUGAACCGGCAGUCUACCUGGAGGACGAGCCUGUCCUUCCUGAGUCUGCCCAGGUCCAGAUAGGCCUGAAAUAUGAUGCUGCCAACUCCAGUUUUGUCAUGGUGAUCAUGCAGCUGCAAAACCCUGCUGCCCUGUCAGUCCCCUCCACUACCAGAGUAUACAUCCGGGUGGCGCUCCUCCCGUCUUCCAGUGACAUCAGCAGUCUGUUCAGGACCCGCGUGGUGCCCGUGGCGCUGCCCGACAGCGUGACGUUCAACGAGGUGUUCAGGGCGGCCGCGCCGCACGCCGUCCUCCGGCACAAGACGCUCCGCAUCGACGCCUGCACCGUGGGUCUCGGGGGCACCGAGGACUGCCUGGCUGGAGCCCAUGUGAGUCUGGGAGAGCUUCCAGUGAGUGGGGAUAUGACCCGUGUGUGGUACAACCUGUUGACCAGUGAGAGGACCAGGGAGAUAGAAGAGGCCAGCCAGGAGAGACCCGGCCCUGGGCCAGAGCAGCACUCUGCAGGGCCCGUGGACAUGGAUGCGGUGUCGGCCCUGCUGCAGAGGACCUCCAGCGAGUUGGAGGCUGUGGAACAGGAGCUGGCCUUGGAGGAGGAGGAGAGAGCGAGCCAGCUGGACCUGGACGGACACCAAUGGCUGAGCAUGCUGGGAGAGGACAGCGCUCAACUGGUCCUCGGACUGGAGGAGGAAGAAGAGGGGGAGGAGGAGAGGAAAGAUUCUGUCAAGGCGGAGACGAAGUUUGCUGGUUCUGGGCAGGCGUACAGAGGGGAAGAGCCGGAGGAGGAGUGUCGAGAAGAGCCAACCAGAGAGGAAGAGGAGGAGAGGAGAUAUAAAGAGAGAAUCCCUCAGGCAAAUGAAGGACCAACGCUGGUGGAUGCGGAGACGAACACAGAGAUGUGUGGUAUGGCGGUGAGGCCUAAAGACAGACCCAGCCUGGGACCAGGACCACGCAGCGCUCAGAGAGGCUUCGUACGGAACAGUAUGAUCAUGAGGUCUCAAACCUUCUCCCCUGGGGAGCGCAACCAGUACAUCUGCAGGUUGAACCGGAGCGAUAGCGACAGCUCCACAUUAUCCAAAAAGUGCCCGUUUGUCCGGAACACCUCGGAGAGACGCAGCCUAAGGGUUAAGAGGACCCUGUGCCAGCCGGUGGUGGUGCGGAGGCGUGGUGGAGCUGGGGAUACAAACACCCGGACCUCCCUGGACUUGGAGCUGGCCCUCCAGGCUUCGCGAACGCGUCAGAGCCGUCUGAACGACGAGCUCCAGGCCCUGAGGGACCUGAGGGCCCACCUGGAGGCCCUGAAGGCCCGGGGAGAGACGGCGCUGCCUGGGUCCGUUCUGCACGACCACCGGUUUCACAGGCUGCUGGAGCAGGCCGAGAGACAGGCGGAGCAGUCUAAGGAGCAGCAGCGUCAGGAGCAGCGGGCUGAGAAGCUGAUGAGGAGGGCCUCCAAAGACGUGUGUCGGCUGAGAGAGCAGAGCCAGAAGGUCCCCCUGCAGGUCCAGUCUUUCAGGGAGAAGAUGGCCUACUUCACACGCGCUAAGAUCAAUAUACCAUCCCUACCGGCUGACGAUGUAUGAUUACAUUGUAACACAAUGAAGUAUUUUUCAAACUUUUUAUAGCAGAGUAUUUUAAUAGUGUAGUUACUUUGAAUGAAAACAAUCGAAUAGUUUGUACACUAUAGUUUAUGCAUUUGUAUAAUAAGUUGUAAUUGAAUAAUGUCUUGUAGAAAAAAGAAACUAAGUAAUGGCUUUCUUGUAUCAGGAGAAAACCCAAAAUAGAGUUGUUUUGGUACUUGUAUUCUGCUUGUGAUUUUUCUGUACAGUUGUAUUGUGUGUGUGCGUGCGCGCGGGGGAGGAGAGUGUUUGUCGCCCUCUGGUGUCCUGUGGUGGAACUACACCACAGGGCAGGGUGCGGGGCUGAUUGAGCGAGUCUCAGUCCUAAAUCAACCCCGAUCCCCUGCACACUUAUGGAGCUCUAACAGGAUUGGAUAGGUGUAAGUUAUAUGGUAAUAACGACACUGCCUUCUGAUAGUCUAGAUGGCAUGUUCACUGUAUUUCUUCCAUGUAUCCAAUCCUCUGAUCUCCAGAGGUGUAUAGUGGGUAGGGGCUAUGGGUUGAUUUGUUAUUGGGCAUCAGUGUUAGCUAAGUGUGCGUAUGUGAGAGAGAGAGAGAGAAGGCGACCUACUACAGUAUAUCAUAUAUAAUGUCUUCUGUCCAAAGCUGGUGCUCUGCUAUUUUUUUCUCUCUCAUUCAGAACAAAACAAACAUACACCUUGUGAAUGUAAUGUAACUGCUUUUCCACUUCUAUCUGUCUCUGAGAUACUGCACUGAUAGUGUUCUGUGGCUUCUUGCUUUUUACACCGACCCGCCGCAACGCUAAUUAUUACUGCGUUCGCUGGGCUCUAGUCUCAAUAUUAUAGUUCAAUGUUUUGUGAGUUACUAGCCUGGUCCAGGAUAUGUUUUUGCACAAACUGAUCUGGGACCAGGCUAUUUUGUAAUUCACUCUGCAACUUCAUUUGUAAGAUUGGUUUUCCUUUCCCCCCUGUUUCCCAACGGUUGAAGUAUUUAUUCAAAGGUUGAACAUAAAACCUCUGUGUUAAUGCCUUUUGUUACAGAUAGGUUCUCUGGACUAGAGAAAAGACCAUGCAGGAAACAUACUGGACCCAAAUCAUGUCAUUUCCAGUGUUUAAGUGUUUGAAAUAGCACCCUAUUCUCUAUGUAGUCCACUACUUUUGACCAGAGCCCUAUGGGCCUUGGUCAAAAGCACAGAGCCCUAUGGGCCUUGGUCAAAAGCACAGAGCCCUUUGGGCCUUGGUCAAAAGCACAGAGCCCUUUGGGCCUUGGUCAAAAGCACAGAGCCCUUUGGGCCUUGGUCAAAAGCACAGAGCCCUUUGGGCCUUGGUCAAAAGCACAGAGCCCUGUGGGCCUUGGUCAAAAGCACAGAGCCCUGUGGGCCUUGGUCAAAAGCACAGAGCCCUGUGGGCCUUGGUCAAAAGCACAGAGCCUGUGGGCCCUGGUCAAAAGCACAGAGCCCUAUGGGCCCUGGUCAAAAGCACAGAGCCCUUUGGGCCCUGGUCAAAAGCAGUGGGCUAUAUAGAAAACAGGGUGGCAUUUCAGACAAAGUCAAAUCAAUACUUUUUUUUGUAUUUUUUCAUAGACAUGAAAGCUAUAAUAUUCAGUAUACAUCAGUUUCUUUGUAUAAUAAUGUGUUGUACUCCAGUAAUUCAUUAUAUUUAUUAUUUCUCCAAGGAGUCUCCUGCUCUAUUUUUCUGAAUCAUAGGACAACGAUUGACCUUUGUGGUUUCUUCUCUUUAUUUUGGAUCUAAUGUUUUGUUUGUGUGUCUGUAAACCAGAGAACAAACAGUAUUGUUUUUACUUUGCCUUUUUUAACAGCUAAUAGCUAAGGAACAACAAUACCAGCCGUAUUCAAAGCACUUCUCAGAGUAGGAGUGCUGCUCUAGGAUCAGUUUUGACUUUUAAUUCAUAAUGAAUAAGAAGGGGAACCUGAUUCUAGGUCAGCACCCUUACUCUGAAACGCUUGAAUAGGAGCCAACAUCUGAUUGACCUGUGAGCAUAAACAGUAUCUUUGGUAUCGUACUUAGUUUGCAUAGCUACACCUGGACUCGACAUAUAUAUGGCACUUCCAAUCAAAUGUGUUCACGUCCGUUUAGUUUACCAAUACAAUGUUGCCUCACAAUAUCAACCAGGAAGAUGAACAUGGAUUUGUAUUGUGGGUUGGCGGAAAAGUUUGGACUUUAUUUUUCCUGUGUAUUUAUUUUUUGUGUUUGUAUUAUUUAUGUUUUGGUCCUGUGCAGACGUGCCCCCCUCCGAACCUUUUUAAUUAGCAACGUAUGGAUGGUUCAAAUGUUAACUCACUGUUUCCCCGCUGAUGAUCAGCUAGUUUAGAGACGCACUGAUAUCAAAUAUGUUUUGUACAACUGACCUACAGUGCCUUCAGAAAGAAUUCACACCCUUUGACUUUUUCCACAUUUGAUUGUGUUACAGCCUGAUUUUAAAAUUGAUUAAAUAGAUUGUUUUUCACUGGCCUACACGCAAUACCCCAUAAUGUCAAAGUGGAAUUAUGUUUUUCGAUUUAUUUUUUACAAAUUAAUUAAAGAUGAAAAGCUGAUUUAUGUCUUGAGUCAAUAAGUAUUCAACCCCUUUUGUUAUGGCAAGCCUAAAUAAGUUCAGGAAGUAUGUGCUUAAUAAAUCACAAGUUGCAUGGA